AUGCUGAAACAUGCGACGAGACUGUACGGCUUUCGACCUGGCGGACGUGUCUUACAAUUUACGAAAAGCUCAUUCGAUGCGAGUAUCAGCAACACGUUCGGUAGCCUUCUGAACGGAGGCAUCCUCAGCAUUAGGGACGAAAUCGUAGACGCGGUGGAGGAUUUGGUAAAGCGGCAGCCAAUAGCAGUGGUACACAUGACUCCCAUCAUAAUGGAGAUGUUCAGUGAGCAGGACUUGUCCCGACUUUCAGAAGUGGAGCUGUGGAGUUUUGGUGGUGAAACUAUCUCCGAAUCCACCCUGGAGUUUAUGAUUCGCCAGGGGCAGCAACUGGUUUCUUUAGCUUUAUGGGCCUACUGA